CCGGAUACGACAGACGUCACGUCAGUAGAGACGGAGACACUUCCGCUGAGGAGGAGUUGAGCUGCCGAAGAAAACUGCCUUCUCUCCAUUCUAACCAAACGUGUCGCCAUGUAGCUGUUGAACCAUUCAGCUUCAGCGUCUGAUAGGCUGCGCAGCUGUUGGUCAUGAAGAAAAGAGCAAACAAGGUCCACGAAGAAGACGAGAGCCUGUGCUGCUGUGAGUAUAUAAACAGUCACGGAGAGCGCAGCCAUGUAGCCGCCUGCUGCUGCGACUGUGAGGACCUGGACGAAGCCUGUGACAGGUUUCUAAAGAAGGAGUCUCAGAAACCUGAAUCCCUGUCUCGUGUAACAGCAGUGGUCUCCGACAGGAUACGUGUACCAUGGCUGUGGGGUGGAGCCCAGAAGGUGGACCUGUCCAUUGUCCCUCCUCUCAUUCUCCUUCCUGUCCUGUUACACAUCGCUUCCAUUCACUUCCUGCUGGGCAUAGUGGUUCUGACGGCUCUGCCCGUGCUGGUGUUGUGGUACUACUACUUCACCCACCGCAAAAAAGGACAGACCUUGUUCUUCCUGAGCCUGGCUCUCUUCUCACUGGCCUACAUGUACUACCUGUUCAUCACUGAGGUUUUGCCCCGCGGGGACAUCGGCCCCAUCCAGCUGUCAGUGAUCACUCUGGGCGUUAUCCUUACGCUGGCAACUCUGAUCCACUCCAAGAGAGACCCGGGCAUUAUAUCGCCGAAUUCAGACUCAGUCCACAGUACAGUGACAUAUUAUGGUCUUCAAGCCGAGAGUGACCCAGCUGUCAGCAGUGGGAGGCAGGAUGUGGCCAUGACAGUGUCCAAUAGGGCUGCACCAUCAGAUAAGUCGGUGAAGGACAGUAAGAACUGGUGUUCAGUGUGCAAGGUGGAGCGGCCUCCCAGGACAGGACAUUGUCGGAUCUGUGGCGUCUGCGUGCUGCGUCUGGACCAUCAUUGUGUCUGGAUCAACAGCUGCGUAGGGCAGGCCAACCAUCGCAGCUUCCUUCUCACACUCGUCUCCUUCCUCCUGACAUCUGUGUAUGGGAUCAGCCUGGUGCUGCAGAGUGUGUGUCCGAGACAACACCUCCUGACCUCUCUGUUGUACUGCCCUGGGGUUUACGACCAGUACAGUUCUGCACUUUGCUUCACCUGUGCCUGGUACAGCAGCAUUGUGACUGCGGGGCUGCUCCACCUGCUGCUGGUGCAGGUCAUCAACGUCAGCUACAAUGUCACAGAGCGGGAGGCGCGCAUAGCCCUAAAAGAGAAGACUGCUCACAGGGCAUUAUGGGGACUUGUUGUGGACACUGGAGUGUACUCCAGAGGUCUACGCAACAACUGGACCGAGUUCCUCACCAUGGGGGACAGAGUGAAAAAUCCUCCACGCUCUGCCCCAACAGACCUGGUGUAGUCAACUUGAUUCAAUCAGUCUUGGCCAUCCUUUCAAGGAGGUGUUUGAAGCCCUUUGGUUCCUGUCCACUGGAUGGCAGUAUGACCCUUUUUACAUUGACGUAACUUUGGUGGUUGUUUUCUAUGAGCUGGGCUGCAGAGUGAUUUGAUCUCAGAGCAAUAAUUGUGACAAGGCCAAGAAACAUCCAUUCAGUCCUCUCUGACAGACUCCAACCUUCUUCUGUGCAGCUACAUCCACACAGUGCUGCCUCAUUCACCAGUUUUCUAAAAGUCUUCUUUUCACUGACUUCUUACUUAUUUUACAUUCCAGUGCCUUGGUUGAAGCCAUUAAGAAAAAAGAAGUGUGAGAGUGAGUCAAUAACAUCGAUUAAUGAUGUGUCAUUAGGUGGUACGUCUUUUUUUUUUUUAAACACAUAGAUCAAGAUUUUCCUGACCUCACUUGACCUUCUGGAAUUCACCAAAAGUAUUUAUGUAGUGGUUAAAUUAAGGUGUGUGAAAAAACUGAACUUUAUGUCUACUGAGUUGAACAACUGUAAUAUAUCUUACUCACUUUCAUAUGAGAAAUAUUGAUUUUGCAGUGCUUCACUGAGUUGUGGAAUUAAAAACAAAUCUUUCUUUAUGA